AUGACCAAGGGACAGUCCAAGGGCGAGCGGACACAAGACUCAUCCGCGAGUCAUGGUGCAGAGGUGGCUGGGGCCAAGCAGGCUCAUCCGCACUCGGGUCAUGGUUUUCUACAUCGACUUCACCGGCAUCGAAACGUAUCUGAGCCCAUCGCUGCCCCGGUAGAGCCGCGACAGAGCACGGACAAGCCUCGACGCCAGCCCCCGACUCCCAACCCCGCACCGAGCGCGGAACCUUUGGUUAAGGAGCCAGCAGGGCCGAGUCCAACGCCUCAGGGCGCUCAAUCUCCACGGCAAGCCUCUCCCACGCCUGCCUCGCCCCACGUUCUACGGGACACGGCGCGGCCGUUGCCCCGGCAAUUGCGCCAGCUUAAAAGCUCAAACAACCUACUGAGCACGCCCGUCGAAGCCCCACCCGAGCUUGAGAGCAAAGGUCUACCCAUGCCCACGCUCGAUCCGGACCAGCCACCCCUGUCCUUGCUGCCUGAAUCUCCCUCAACCACCCGCCUCGUCCUCACGACCGAUUCAAGAGGGCGCUCUCGUCGCCGCGAGAGCCUCUUGACUGCAACCCGGUUUUUCACAAUGCACAAAUCACCCAAUCUGAACCACAACGCGGCGCAACGCCAGCAGCCACGCUCACCGCCCCGCCGGAUUGGGAUCCUGACCGCACCUUGCCCGAGCAUCAGCGGCUACGAGUCGGUCGAUGCCACCAUUGUUCGGUACGGCCAGAAGCCACCCGUGUGCGACACCAUCGCCCAACCGCAACUGACUACCUCGCACACCGCACAAGCGAUGCUCGGGCCUUGCGCACCAUAUGGCACGCGCAUGCACCCUACUUCCUGGUUGGCGUGCUUGCUUCUUCUUACGACAUGGUUUAUAGGGAGGUCUUGCCAGGCCAACCCGCAUGGAACCACGAGACAGUGGAAAUUCGUCUGGGUGACGUGUUUGUCGCCGUACGUUAUUCCCCCCCCCCGCGAUCCGCAGCUACGGCUAUCCGCUCUGGCCGUUCACGAGCUUGCGUUUCCUGAACCCGACUUGCAGGUCAAUGACACGCCUCUGCAAGGCAUAUCAGAUGAGGAUGUGCUCACCACCCUAAAACGUUGCUCCCGCCAAGCGGCUCACGAUAAGGAGGCCAUCACAAUUGUGCUCAAGCGCGUUGCAGACGCUACACGCCAACAGCUCAACUUUAUUCCGUUGGGUGGCACGGCCACGUGGCAACAACCGCCUCCCCGUGAAGAACGAGUUUAG